AUGCCCAGGACAAUGCUGGGCAUGAAUCGCUUGAUCCAGUCGUUGAGAGGAUUUGACCGGCUCUUCCUCCUGUCUCUCGUCAGCUCUCUUCACUUGGUUCGCGGAAGCUCGCCUGCAUUCCUGCCAAUGCCUCGAUACCCAGCGUGGCUGUCACUGUCGAUCCGCACGGGAUGUGCAACCCGUGAGAUGAAGGGCAGGGCGAGGUGGAGAGCAAACAUGUGCCACAAACUUGACAGUGAAACCCGGAAGAGAAUCGGAUCAUGGUGCUUGUUGCAACUGUUUCAUGAUAGGGAGAUGGCACCCAAGUUGUUGACCACCGGCAGCGUCAGCGUUCUUCCUCAUGAGGGAGCGACGCUGAGGCAUUUCUAUCAGUCGGUAGAGCAGCGAAUCACAGAACUCAACAUGCCUGAGGCCUCCAAGAACUUGGGCACUCGUGUGCUGGGAGGAUUCCUCUCCUCCAAGGUGCUGAUGGUGGGUGGCAUGGGGCCCGGCAACCGGUGCAUGCUCUGUGGGCGAGAGGUUGUUCAUCGAUUCUCUUCCGCUGCGAUCGAGACAAGCUUUCUCGAGAUGUUUGAGAGGGUGAGGGAUGUCUGUCGGGACGCAGGAACCUCGGCAGAGGUGAGCCAGCACGACCUGCAUCAUGCCCACAUGUUCUGGUCUGUCGAGCACAAGCUCCUAGGGCUGCUGUUCCACUUGCGCGAAUACCCCAAGUUCGACCAGGAGCGUUUCCCUUACCAGCUGGGCUUCUGCCAAGAGGCGAGGCAGGGAAGUGAUGUCAGAGACAUCGAUGCGAGCCGUCGGAACGUGCUUGCGCUGCUCGGGCCCAGCCACAGUGGGAGGUUGGAUCUGAAGCUGUUCAUGCUGAACACAAGAUUUGGCUCCUUCCUACAGGACAACCUCGUCUUCCCCGGUCAAGAGGAGUUCGGCACCAUCUUCGAAGAUGACCUCGGGCUGCCUCUCGGCGACAUCUUCUGCCUCCCCCCGGAGAUGCUGGAGGAAGCGACGGAGAGAGCCUGGGAGGACAAGGGCGAGUGUCGCAUCGUCGUGGCUCUCGCAGCAAGGGGAAUGAAGUUCUUCCGAGGAGGAUGA